GCGGCGGUGCUGAUUGCCUUGGCAUGGCGACCAGUCGUGGUGGUUGGGAGCAUGGAUUUCUCGGCACAGCCGUCGGCUUCAAAUAUUUACCGUGAAGUCUCGGCAUCACUUCCCUCUUCGGACUUUACCAUCGAGUUCUGGUAUCGGACCGGCGAUGUGGACACGUACCAGAACUUUAUUUCCGUCUGCAACGGCGGCGACAGCGGCUCGCAUCCGCUCAACAUCGGUGUGGACAGGAACAAUGUGUGCGACUUUAUGUUUGCCACGAGCCUCCACAAGGCCAACGGCCUCUGUCCCGUCGACGAAGAGUGGCAUCACAUGGCCGCGGUCAUCACGGCAUCGCCGCCGCUGGGAAGCUUGUGGAUCGAUGGUAAGCUCGCUAUGGGUCCGUACGAGGCCGUGGAGACGCUUGCCACCUCGGGCCUCACCAUCGCUCUCGGCAACGAUCUCGACGGCUCAUCGUGUAGUCCGACAGACGCCAAUCAGGCGAGUGCGGGCUUCAUGGCCGAGCUCCGCUUCUGGUCGUACGCCAUGAAUGCCGGCGACAUUGCCCGCGUCAUGGCCGGCCCGGUCUCCCCCACGGCGCCCAACCUGGUGCGGUACUACAACUUUGGGGCCGCCGACGACUUUGUCAAUCCACUGCAGAUGGCCGCGGGUAUGGCAUCGCCGCCGCCAAUGUCGCCGUACUCAAGCCGGCCCAUCUACUCGCCGAUCAGCCCGUACCAGCCGCGCAUCCCGGUGCCGGACCUCACCCCGCCAGUCCUCGCCAGGACAAUGGUCGCCGCGACCACGCCCGACAACAUCCGCUCGUGCACCGUGGUUGAUCUGAACGGCGACGGGCUGAGCGACAUUGUGGCCUCGCAAGCAACAGAAAUGAGCGUUCCAGGGCAGAACUCGCUCUUCUUUGUCCUCAGCCACGACAACGGCACCACAUCGGCGCCGAUCUUUGUCUCGGAUGGCGUCCGGCUCGCUGCUGUCGCCGCCAAAGACGUGUCUGGCAACGGCGUCCCAGACAUCUUUGUGUACAACGAGGCCAGCUCCCGAGUCGACGUCUACCUGGGCACGAUGGCAGCUGGCAAGCCGAGCUACGCAGCGGCGCCGUACACAAGCGCUAUCGCUGUAUCCACAACGACCCUCGUCCUCGUCCCGGAUCUCGACGGCGACGGGCUCGCUGACGCGCUGUAUGUCUCCGGCACUAGCCUCGGGUGGAUCAGCUUUGCGCCUAGCCCGCCAACCAGCACAACGCUUUUCGGCGCGUCGGACAUCUCGCUUGGCCUGGCUGGCGAGGUCAAGGAUACGCCGAUCAUGGCCGAUGUCAACAGCGACGGCCUCGCUGACUUGCUCUACAUCCGAGAGGUCGGCGGAUGGGAGCGGUUGUACGCGGCGGUGCGGACAACCUGGCCUGCAGUGGCCUUUGACACCGGCUCGCCCGUCGUCCUCACCACCAACACUCGCCGGAUCUACCUCGCCGAUCUCAACGGUGACGGCCUGCCGGAGAUCCUCACCUCCAAGACCCAAGCAUGGGAUGUGUGGCAGAUCAACGGCGACGUGAGCGUCAGCUACAUCUCUACCAUCAACCCGAGCAUCGCGGGCACGGCCUCGCACCUUGUCUUUACCGACGUUGACUACGAUGGCUUCGUUGACGUUGUCUUGGGCUUUAACCACGUCACUUCGGCCGUCAUCGUCUCCCUCCAGCGCGGCAAUAUGACCUUUGCUCGCGGCGCCAGCUACGGCAUCGACUCGGUCUCAGGCGCUGCCUGCAUUGGCGCCGGCGUCUUUGAGCCCAGCUCACCGCGGCAGCUUAUCUCUGGGGCGAGCAUGGCUGGCGGCGCGCUGGCGUCCGGCGACAUGGCGCUGUGGUACACCGGGCCGAUCGCCUUGUUGGACGACGCAUUGUCGGCCAUCUCAUUGGCGUCCGACUCGAGCACGUGGUGCGCGUCGGGCGAGGUGCCGGACGUUGUGGCUUCGGAUCUCAACCACGACACGGCCAUCGAUCUGCUGGUUGUCUGCAAGAGCAACGCCACGACAAUUGCGCUCUACGGCGAUGGCAGCAGUGGCUUCCUGUCACCGCGGGUGCGGACGCCUCCGCCGUCCAUGGCGGCAUUGGCGGACGUUGCGCUCGCGGACAUCAACUCGGACGGCAUGCUGGACGUGAUCGCCAUCUCGGCCGAUGGCUUGCUUGCCGUCUCGCUGUUUGUGAGCGUCAGCACUACGCCUCUGCCCGCCGAUCUCGUCACCGUCUCGACUACUGCUGCUGUCGGCACGCCGACGAGCCUAGUUACGGUCGAUGCCAAUGGUGAUGGCGACGUCGACGUUGUUGUCGGCGGGUCGGCCGGCCUUGCCAUCCUCCUCAACGCCGGCAUUGACUCGAGCGCCUCGUCGCCGCUUGCCGGGCCUGGCGUGCUGCUAGCCGUUGGCGUGCCGGGCGUGACUAUGCUCACUACCGCCGAUCUGAGUGGUAGCGGGAGUGCGUCUGAUCUGGUCUGGCUCAGCAGCGGGAGCCAAAGUGUGUACCUGGCAACGAUCAACGAGAGCGCAACGAGUCCGAGCGCUGUGUACGCCAGCCACGGCGAAGUGGCGCUGGGCUCGGAUCCCACCACGAUCUGUGUGGGUGAGCUCAAUAGCAACACCAUCAGCGACGUGGUAGUGGCCAUGGCCAACGGAACGAUCCUGGCGCUUGUUGAUGGCAACGGGAGCAACAUGCUUGUGCUUGGCACCGAUCUUGCUGGGCCCAUCCACCGGGUGGCCAUCGUGCCGAUGGCGGUUGGAUUUGGCCACGUGGUGGCCACGAGGAGCACCGACAACGUGUGGCUGGGAGCCCUUGCGCCGCAUCGCCCCGACUAUCGGACCUUCCACAGCUCGGCGAACGGUGUGGUGGCCGACAUCAACUCUGAUGGCAUCGACGACGUCGUGGCCAUGACCGCCAGUGGUGGUCGCGUCCAUCGCGGAAGCCGCAGCCUCGGGUUUCGCGCCCGAAGCUUCCCGAGAACACUGCCCGAGUGCGGCGGCGUGGCCGGCUCGAUUGUGUGCCUCUCGGCGCGGGCAGCGCGGGCACCGGCCGGCUACCACUUGGAGCUUGACGAUGUGCCCCAAAGUGGAUCGCGAUGUGUGCGGGCGAGUGGCGAGGCUGGGUACCAUACGCUGCGGCGCGACGUGGUCAUCGGGCCGGGCACCAUCGACUGUGGCGGCUACGGCGGCGUGCUGUACAGUGUGAGCUCAUCGGCGACGGUGACGCUAGAUCAUGUGGUGAUGACCUCGCGCGCGAGCGAUGCGCCUGUGCUUCGCCAUAGCGAAGCUGGCGCUGCGAUGGUGGUCGAGCCGUCGGCGACGCUGAUCAUGACCAAUGUGAGCAUGACCGGGUUUGUGGCGCGGGCCGGGACCGAGGUCCGAUCGUCGGCGGCGGUGCUCGGGGGAGCGCUACGGAUCCGCGGGAGCCUCAUCGCGCGCAACGUGAGCUUCACCCACUGCGCGGCGAGCCAGUUUGGCGGCGCCGUGGCUGUUCAGGCUACCGGCGCGGCCGAUCUGGUCGACGCGGUGUUUGAGAGCAACUCGGUGCUUGAUGGGCCCAAGACGGCGGUGGCUGGCGGCGGCGCCCUGGGCGUGGCGGCGGCAUCAAGCUUCUCCUGCACCCGAUGCGCUUUCUACAACAACGUGGCGAAUGGAGAGGGCAACGGCGGCGGAGCGGUGGCGCUCCGGGCCAUGGUCAUCAGCGUGACGAUGGCCGACUCGGUGUUUGUGGGCAACUCGGCAGCGCACGGCUACGGCGGCGCUGUCCUUGUCGAGUACGAUGGCUCGGGAACGACGACGACGCUUGCGCGCUGUAGGCUCGAGGCGUCGUACGCGCGGAUGGGCGGGAGUGUGGCUGCAGCGGUGACAAGCGUUCUGGCCAUCGGCGCCGGCUCGGCCGUCCCGCCCAGCUCCUCCAUCAGCAUCCUCUCGUCGUCGUCGCGGUUGGCGCUCCCGGACACGGUCAUUGUCUCGUCGGGCGCGCGAUAUGGCGGAGUGGCACUCUCUUGCGGCGCGGUGGUCGAUCUGUCGGCGUCCGAUCUGGCGGCGACGACCAUCUCCUACGAGCAGGCCGGCGGAGUGUGGUUCCAGUGUCCGCCGCUGGGCUUGGCGGCGGUGAUAGUGGGCGGGAGCGUGGCUGAUGCGAUGACGAGCAACAGGCAGGCAUACGGCCCGGCGCGGGCGUCAGCCGCGGUGUCAAUGACGUGGUCAGGCUCCGGAUCUGUCCUCCGUCAGGCGUCCGGGAUCGCGCUGGGCGCCUCCGGUGGCGUUCUUGUGGCGAGCGAUGUGUUUGGGCAGACGGUGACCGACGACUUGGUGACGAUCAGCUUGCGGAGCGCAAGCAGCAUGGCAGAGGUCUCGCCGGACCAAGCCGAGUGGGACGGAUCUAGCGGCGGGUACUCGCUCAAGCGGAUCGGGGUGGAGAUCAGCGGCGGGUUCUGGCCUGCCGAGCUGGACAAGGCCCACGAUGUGGUUGCCGAGCUGCCGAACGGCGAGGCGGUGUUGGUGCCUGUGGUGGUGAAUGGGUGCCCGGUCGGGUUUGGAGCGACGAGCGCGGUGCGAUCCGAGGCGCUGGUGUGCGUGCCGUGCACGGGCGCGACCGAGUCGACCGAGAUCUCGGUCGAGCCGUGCACCAUCGUGCCGUCGUGCACCGGGACGGGCUGGCCGAUCGACGGGGUCUGUGUCGACUGCCCAGCCAACACCAUCCGGCUGGCAAGGGGCAACGCCACAGCGGGCGCCGUACCGCCGUGCGUGUGCGCAGCUGGGUUCUGGAACGCCGAGUCGGCGGCGGACUUGGCGUGCGAGGCGUGCCCGACAGGAGCGAGCUGCGCGGGCGGUAGCGGGCCAUCGGCAGCGCCAUACGCGCGCAAAGGGUACUAUCGGGUGCGGGAAGGCGAGUUUGCCGAGUGUUUGAUCAAGGAGGCUUGCAUCGGACGGUCGCAGUGCGCGCCACAGUACGCCACAGGCUCGCUGCUGUGCAAGGACUGCGCGUCCGGGGCGUAUCGGCAGCCUGAUGGCGGGUGCCUCUCGUGUCCGCAGGCCGCGGCUUCGCUUUUGGGAGUGAUGGCGGUAGGCGUGGUACUGGCGGCGGUGGUGGCGUGCGUGCUGGCGGUGAUGGCGGUGAAGGAGUUCCAGAAGCGCGAGGAGAGUGAGUCUGUGCAGAGCUCACGGGUGCCGCACACGCUCUCGCUGGCGGUCAUCUUCUUCCAGAUCUUGGGCAUGCUGGCAAAGGCGCCGUUCAACUGGCCGCAGCCGCCGGUACAGCAGAUACUCGAGGCAGCCAACGUGGCAAACGUCGACAUCUCUGUCUUUGCCGUCGAUUGCUCUGUCCCAGCUUUUGCCGUCCGCUACGCCAUGAGCAUGUACACGACCUGGCUCUCGUGCGGCUGCUUUGCCGCCAUCGAUCGCCAGCGCAUGAGCAUUGUCGACAUCAUUCGCUGGGCGCUCUUCUCGUUUGGCCCGCUGGUGUACAUCCCGCUCUCGCGGUCGACGCUCGACUACUUUGACUGCACGCAGUACCCCGACGGCAAGUGGUACCUCGACUCUGAGCCGUCUGAGGAGUGCUUUACGGGGCGAUGGGCUCUGGGACUUCCGCUCGCUCUUAUCGGCCUUGUUCUGUAUGUCAUCGCUAUGCCGAUGGUCUUUGCCGCUGUGCUGUACAAGUGGCGGGCCGAGCUCGGCAGGGCGCACAUUGUGCUCCGCUACGGCGCCUUGUACUCGGUCUUCCGCAAGCACUACUACUUUGCCGGCGUGGUGUUUAUGAUCAAGCGGCUGACCAUUGUCAUCUUCUCGGUCUUUGCCUCCAACGUGCACAUGAUCCUUUUCACGGGCUUGCUCGCCGUCUUUGUCACCUCGAUGCUGAUGGUGAGCAAGCACGCGCCGUACCUCUACCAGCCGCUCAACGACAUUGAGCUCAAGCUCGACCUGUGCAUCAUUGCCUUGCUUGUCGCCGGACUGCUGUUCUGGGUCGACGAGUUUCCCAACCAGACUGUGUAUGUCAUCUUUGUUGUGGCCGUUGUCGUCGUCAUCGGCUUUGCCCUCGCCACCCUCAUCAUCGGCUGCCUCUUCGAGGCCCAGCAUCUCCGCAACCGGGCCCGUGUGGUGAGCGGAAGCCAGGGCAUGGGCUUUGGCCGCGAUGAGCUCCUCUUCAAGGUUGUCCGCAAGCAUGCACCCGAUCUCUCGCCGCACCUCCGCAGCGCGCUCAACAAGCUCGAUGCCGCGACGGUAGCCAGCGACAGCGUGGCCCAGAGCGUGCUUUGCCACGACUCGCCGUGGGCCGUUGAGCUGCUCGAGCGGCCCAACUCGGCGCCAGGGAGCGAGGAUGAGACAAGCGGAUCGGGAUAA